GCGAUCAGUAUUGGCCAGACGAUACUUCCAAAUUUGGUGCUAUCACAGUUACCCUACACAAGACUGAAACAUUUGCCGAUUACGUCAUCAGGUCGUUGAUUGUGACAAAGGACUCAGAAAAAAGGGCCGUGCAGCAGUUUCAUUACGUCACUUGGCCAGACAAAGGUGUCCCACAACAUUCCACAGCUCUACUUGGAUUUAGACAAAAGAUUCAUGCGAGGCACCAGGCGACUGGUGGACCUCUUGUUGUGCACUGCAGGUUGUUACUUACAUCUGUUGUUACCUUUGUACAGUGCUGGUGUUGGUCGAACUGGCACAUACAUUGCUAUCGACGCCAUGUUGGAGAGUGCUGAGAAGAUAAAAACUGUGUUUAUACAGAAUUACGUGCAAGUCAUGCGUAGAUCUCGUCCUUAUAUGAUUCAGAAAGAUGACCAGUAUGUUUUCUUGCACCAAGCAGUGAUGGAAACCUUGGUAUGUGGAAAUACAGAGAUUAUCCCUCAGGACCUACGAAUUGCGACGAACAAGCUUGCCAAGGUGCAUAAACCAUCCAAAAAGACUGGAUAUGAACGAGAGUUAAAGUGCUUGGAGCUUGUAACAGACGCCCACGCUUCUCAAGAAGUAGCAACUAACGCAUUUAUGCCCGCAAACGUCGUCAAGAACAGGUUCCCCAACAUUGUUCCGCUGGACAAUGCUCGAGUGCAUUUACAAGCGUCUUCACAAGAAAAGAGUUACAUCAAUGCCUCUUAUGUGGAUGACUACACACAACGUAAUGCAUACAUCCUGACACAAACUCCGUUAGACUGCACCAUUAUAGACUUCUGGCUUAUGAUUUCUCAAUAUGAUAUUGGCACAGUUGUGAUGUUGAAUAACUUGGAAGAAGGAAAGCAGAUUUACCCGCAAUACUGGCCAAGCGAGGGAUCUGCCAAGUAUGGUGAAGUCACUGUCCAGCUUUGGUCCCAAGAAACUUCAAACAAUAUCACUACCAGAGGAUUCAGCGUCGAGAAUGCAGCGCCCCCUAAGAAGACGUCAACUUUGCAGCAUAUACAAUACACUGGGUGGGCCAAUGAAAACUCAUGCCCAGAUCCCCAGGAUAUACUUGACCUGAUGACUACUGUACAGCAGUCUCAGCAGCAAUCAGGAAAUAGAGUCAUAGUUUUCCAGUGCAGUGAUGGUACUGGUCGUAGUGGCUGCGUAGCCACCAUAAUGUCAGUGAUCGAACGAGUCAAGACUGAACAAACAGUUGAUGUUUUACAGACUGUAAAACUAGUUCGAGCAAAGAGACCAGGUGCAGUCAACACUCUGGAGCUGUACAUGUUUUGUUACAAAACAGUUCUAGCUUACUUAGACUCUUUCAGCACGUACUCAAACUUUGCAGAAUGCUAA